AUGUUACCAUUUAGUCCCCAAAACGAACAACUAAUAUCAUGGGCAAAAUAUAUAAUGGUGGCAGCCGGGUAUUGGAAUUUACCAAUCAGUUACAACUUCUUUAUAAACAGAGCAUUUAAUGUUUACUCACUAAUAAUGCGAUCAAGUAUAUUUUUGUUUUGGCUGUCUCUGAUUGCUGAACUUAUUAGACUGAUAAUUUAUGAAUAUGAGCAAGAAAUUAUAAUAACAAGUUUCAGUGUUGUGGUCAAUGCAACAAAAAUUAUCAGUAAGAUUAUAAUUUUUACCAAAAAUAACAUCCAGGAUUUAUACAUAGAUGUUAUUGCUAAAGAAGGAGAGAUAUGGAAAGAGAAUAAUAAAAAAGUUAUAAAAAUGUAUAAAAGUAAGAUCAGAACCUGCAGGUUUUAUGUUGUUUGGAUGGUUACAACUACAAGUGGGACGAUUGCUUUUCUAGAGUAUUCAGGUGGUGCAAAGGUAUUUGAACUAAUAAAGCAUAACAAACUCUACAAUGAAACGUUGGAGCCUCACGUUAUGUAUCAGACCAUUAUACCGUUAAAUAAAUUAAACCAUGUUUACUGGUUGUUUUUUACUCAAGCACUUUGGUCUUGGGUUGGAUUUGUCUUCAAUAGCUUGACACACUUAGCAUUUGUCGUCUUGCUUGUUUACGCGGCCGCUCAAUUGGAGCGCUUACAAAUUAAAUUCAGAGAUUUUAUUGAGCAUGAUUUUGAUGAUGAUGAGGGCGACAGGGAGCUGAAAGUGAAAGAAAAAAUUACUAUUUUGAAGACUUUGAUUCGGGAGCAUCAGUAUAUUAUUGGGUUUGUUCAACGUCUGAACAGCUGUGUGAAGUAUGUCAUCCUAAUUGAAUACAUCCUUGCAUCUAUGGAUAUGGCCUCCGUAUCUGUUAAUCUUAUUAAAAUGGACCUUAACGAGCUAGGGUGGCUUCUAUCUUUCUUACUUCUUUUAAUGAUUCAAUUAUUUUUACUCGGAUGGACAUGCAAUGAACUAAAAUAUCAGAGUGAACAAAUUGCGGAUGCCCUUUUUGAUAGCAACUGGUACCUAUUAAAUAAAGAAGCAAAUCAGCUUACUCAAACUAUUAUUGCUAGAGCCCAAAGACCAUUAUUAAUGACCAUAGGGCCCUUUGGACCAAUGACGAUCAGAUCUGUAUUUCUGGUUAUUAGAGCUGCCUAUUCUUAUGUCAGCGUAAUGAUAAAAUAA